UCGUUAUUUUCGUUUUAUUUUUGUCAAAAUUUCGUUAUUUCGUUAUUAGUGACUUAUAGUUUUUCUUUUUUCCUUCUUUUGUUUUGAAGCUAAAGAGUAAAGAUUAGGAGAAGCCGAUAAGCCGAUAAUAUCAGGUUGCAUCGGUCCAUCUUUUACUUUUAAUUGCAUUUUUUGUAUUUUAUUCUUUGUUAAAUAAUUUUUGGAAUAUUAUUUAGUUUCUAAUUAUGCCUCCUAAACGAAAGCAUAAAUCUGGAUAUGAGAAACGUGAAAAGAAGAGAAAAGAAGAGGAAUUCAAUAUUUCUCAAAGAGGAGCUCUUGAUAAGUUUGUCGUAAAAGAGCCUCGUGUUCAUAUUGAUGAAAAUCAAAAUAUUGAUAAUGUUAAUGUUGAAAUUCCUGAAAAUGUGGUUAUUGAUGAGAAUGUUGGUAUAGAAAAUCAAAAUUUUGAUCAUGAAAAUGUAGGUGAUGUACCCAUUGAAGAUGAUAAUGUUGAUAAUCAAAAUGUUACUCCUGAAAACGUUGAUACUAAUUUGAAUAAUUCUAUUCAUAAUGAAGAUGAUAAUCGGGAGGAUAAUGGUAAUGAUAAUGUAGAGCACACAAACCCAUUUGAACAUACAUUUGAUAUAUUUGAUCCAAGAAAUUGGGAUGCUCUUGAUUCUAAAAUGAUUGAUUUGGUAGUGAUGAAAGGUCCUAAAAGAGAUUCUUCCAUUGUGAAGGGUCCUAGAGAUAAAUUUUCUAGACGAUUUACUGCUAAUUUGUUCACUAGAGUUUUAUCAAAUGGGGAAAAGUGCGAUAGAGAAUGGCUUGUUUAUUCCAAAGAACUUGAUAGAGUAUUUUGUUUUUGUUGCAAAGUUUUUAAAAAAGGGAUCGGUAGAGGGUUAUUAGCGAAUGAAGGUUUUAGUGAUUGGGCACACAUAGGUGAAAGACUUAGAGAGCAUGAGAUAGGCAUGGAACAUGUUAAGAAUAUGGCCACUUGGUAUGAGUUACGCCUAAGACUCAAUAAGAAUAAAACUAUUGAUAAAACGUCUCAAAGACUAAUUGAGAAAGAGAAGGAGCAUUGGAUCAAUGUUUUAAAAAGAAUUAUUUCAAUAGUAAAGUUCCUUGCUAAACAUAAUUUGGCCUUUCGUGGUUCUAAUGAGAGAUUGUAUCAAAAUAGCAAUGGAAACUUUUUGGGCUUAAUUGAAAUGUUAGCCGAGUUUGACCCAAUUAUCCAAGAGCAUGUAAGACGUAUUACAAAUGAUGAUAUUCACGUUCAUUAUCUUGGACAUACCAUCCAAAAUGAGUUAAUACUUUUGCUUGCUUCUGCAAUUAAAACUGAAAUUAUUAAAAAAAUUAAACAAGCAAAGUAUUUCUCAGUGAUACUUGAUUGUACCCCUGAUGCUAGCCACCAAGAACAAAUGUCUUUGAUAAUAAGGUAUGUGAAUGUUUCUUCGAAUUCUGUUACCAUUGAGGAAUCUUUUUUAGGAUUUUUAAAUGUUAAUGUUACUACUGGCCAAGGACUUUUUGAUGUUAUACAAAACGAGUUGAAAAAUCUUGAUCUUGAUAUAUUUGAUGUGCGAGGACAAGGUUAUGAUAAUGGGUCAAAUAUGAAAGGAAAACAUCAAGGUGUGCAAAAGAAAUUUUUAGAUAUAAAUCCGAGAGCCUUUUAUACUCCUUCUGGUUGUCAUAGUCUUAAUUUGGCAUUGUGUGAUAUGGCUAACUCUUGUGGUAAACCUAAAUUUUUUUUUGGAACUAUUCAACGCAUUUAUACAAUUUUUUCCAAUUCUACUAAGAGAUGGCAAAUUUUAAAAGAUAAUGUAAAAGGAUUGACCCCAAAAUCAUUGUCGGCCACUCGUUGGGAGAGUCGUGUAGAUAGUGUCAAAGCUAUAAGAUCUCAAAUGUCAUCUUUUAGAGAAGCUUUACUUGAGGUAUCGGAAUUAACUGAAAUUGAUUCCAAAAUACAAAGUGAAGCUAAAUCCUUAGCAGAAAAUGAGCUUGGUGAUUUUGAGUUUUUAAUAUCAAUAGUUGUUUGGUUUGAAAUAUUAUCUGCAAUUAAUAUUGUUAGCAAACUUUUACAAUCAAAAGAUAUGCUUAUUGAUGUUGCUAUGGACAAAAUAAAGGGGUUAAUAUUGUUUUUUGAAGGAUAUAGAGAAACUGGUUUUUAUAAUGCCUUGGAAAAUGCUAAGGAAAUUGCCCUAGAUUUGAACAUUGAUCCAGUAUUUCCUGAAAGGCGUAUAAUUCGUAGAAAAAGACAGUUUGAUGAAAAUUCAAGUACCCCAUCAGUUCAGUUAUCCGGAGAGGAGUCUUUUAGAGUUAAUUAUUUUCUUUGCCUAGUUGAUCAAGCCAUUGUUUCUCUUAAUAAGAGAUUGGAGCAAUAUAAAGAUUAUGAUGCUAUUUUUGGUUUCUUGUUUACUUCUGACUCAUUACAAUCAUUAGAUGAUGCAAGUUUGAAGUCUUGUUGUAGUAAUUUUGAAAAGGCAUUGAAACAUAAUGAGCAUUCUGAUAUUGAUGGGAAUGAAUUAUAUGUGGAGCUAAAGUUACUGAGAGAACUAUUACCUCGAGGAAAGAUUGGACCUAUGGAUAUAUUAACCUUUUUAAAAGGCUUAAAUUGUUUUCCUAAUACAAUUGUUGCUUAUAGAAUUUUAUUGACUAUUCCUGUGACAGUUGCAUCUGCAGAAAGAAGUUUUUCAAAAUUGAAGUUGUUGAAGUCUUACUUGCGGUCUACCAUGCUACAAGAGAGACUUAGUGGAUUAGCAUUGAUAGCAAUUGAGAACGACCUUUUGGAGACCGUCCAAUAUGAAGACUUGGUAGAUGAGUUUGCUUCUAAAAGUGUUAGACGAAUGAUGCUUUUUAAGUAGAAAAGAUGAUUGAGAUGUUAUUUAAAUUUUAAAUAAAGG